UAUAGCAACCACGUACUACGCCGGCGGCGUAACAACUCUACCCUCUAGCUUCGUCCAGGUCAGUCACCUGCAGCAGCCGCAGCAUACCAUGGCCGCUCUUUCCUCUGCCGCCGUCACCGUCCCUUCCUUCGCCCCCUCCGCUCCCCGGAGGACGAGGUCGUCGCUGAUCGUCCGCGCCUCUCUCGGCAAGGCAGCCGGCGCGGCCGCCGUCGCCGUCGCCGCCAGCGCCAUGCUCGCGGGCGGCGCCAUGGCUCAGGAGGUGCUUCUCGGCGCCAAUGGCGGCGUACUGGUCUUCGAGCCCAACGACUUCACCGUCAAGUCCGGCGAGACCAUCACCUUCAAGAACAACGCCGGCUACCCGCACAACGUCGUGUUCGACGAGGAUGCCGUUCCCAGCGGCGUUGACGUCUCCAAGAUCUCGCAGGAGGAGUUCCUCAACGCAGCCGGCGAGACCUUCUCCGUCACCCUCACCGUCCCCGGCACCUACGGCUUCUACUGCGAGCCGCACGCCGGAGCUGGCAUGGUCGGCAAGGUCACCGUCAACUAGAAUAAUAUCGAUUCAAUGCUUAAUUAUAAUUAUUAUUUUGCUACACGUAUAGUACCAUCCAUAAUAAUAUCAAUCCAUUGCUUAUACUAUUAUAUUUAUAUUUAUAUUUAUAUUACUACUAGUAGUCUACUUAAUUACAUUUUUAUAUCUAUAUAUCGAUCGCUGCUACGUACUCCUAUGUAUCUACUUGCUACCCCACCAUGCAUAUAUCUACAUCCGUCUAUCGAUCUGAGCCAUUUAUUGCUAUAUACUAUUAACAUUAUCUUGUGCCUAACUACAGCCUUCUACGGGUGUUCCUCGAUCAGUUCUCUCUUCUCUUACGUGUAUGUAUCUGUAUCAGUUACUAAGUAUCAAUCAGUAGUGAGACAUACAA